UGUGUGAUAGCUUAUGUUUUGAUUUACAAGAAUGACCUUUUUAAGCUAUUUAUUAAUUUGGCUGCUGACUGAGGGUUUUUGUUACGGAACUGUUAACGUGGACACGCGUUUCUCACGAUGGGACAAGAAUCGUAUUCCAUAUUGCCUCGAUUCCAUAUUGACACAAGCGGAACAGAUGGCUGUUACUAAUGCGAUAGCGUCGUUUACAAGCUCGCUACCUAAUUGUGUCAACUUGGUGCAAGUGGACUGCUCCACCACGGAAUAUCAUCUGAAGUUCACCGCUACAAGUUCACAGUCGUAGUCCUCCAGUUUUCCUGGUCGUACUCCUCCAGUUUUUUUCUGUACACAAACUUAUUGACCACCACCAAUUUCAAUGAGCAGCUCAUCACUGUAGCUCGCGAUGCCGCACAAUGCAGCAGCAAUCCAAUGUGUGUCUUGAAAUACCUGACCAUCGCGAUGGGCAAGCGCAAUGAACAUCAACGCGGAGAUCGUGGAAACUAUAUUACUGUGGCAGCCGAUAGUAUGCUAACUAAUACGAAUGCCUAUAGAUUAUACGCCGGAGCAGAAGCGUUCUGGGGCAUGUUUCCUUAUGACUACUGCAGUGUAACGCACAAUCAACCAAGCGACUUUGCACUGACCAAUGGACAACCCGCGUUUACUAUUCAGUCACCGUUUACAUGCAUUCCCAGGCAGAACAGUAUCAGCCAAACCGACUGUAAACUGCUGAACUUAAUGUACCAGUGUACCGCCACAUGUAACACUGUUCCAUGUACAUCGUCGUUGUGCAGCGGCACAGGCACUGGAACAGGAACUGGAACGGGCACAGGAACCGGCAGCCAAACCUGUGCUGCGGCUACCAGCCCCACCUACACCGGCCCCACCACCUGCACGGCUAACCCCUCCGAUCUGGGCUAUCCCAUCACCGCGUCGCAGGUGAUGGCCGCCGACAUUACCAACAUCGUGGACUGGCACAAUAAUUAUCGCCGCGGUGUGAAUGCAAAAAAUAUGAGAAAGUUAACCUGGGAUCCAUGUUUGGCCAGUAGCGCCCAAGCAUGGGCCAAUCAGUGCACCAACCCCAGCGUAAAUGCUCAUGAUGCUAAUACGGCCCGAAAAGAAUUAACCAGGUUUUCCCGGCGGAUGCGGUCAGAAUAGAUUCGAUGGAAGCGGUACCUUCGACUCAUGGAAAUCAGCGGUGGAUGGUUGGUAUAAUGAAGUUGCAGUUUUCACGUACUGCAGCACUACUAAUGAUGGUACCAAGGUUGGCCAUUAUACGCAGCUAAUAUGGGCGGAAACCUCCCUAAUUGGAUGCGGCAAAGCUACCUGCAGCGGAUCCGGUGUCUAUGUUUGCAAUUACUGCACACCGGGAAAUGUUCAGGGGCUGAACCUGUACUGCCCGUACAGCCUCGGCGCA